AUGAUCGGCAUUAUCGGUUUCCGUUAUAAGUCCACAGGAACAAAUAUUAACCUUCACAUUACAACAGUUAAUCAAGAACCAGCACAUAUCAGGGUCACCGCACCGUUUGUUAACUUGGACAAGACAUACACCGUAUCAAACUAUACAAUCGUUCCAUUAAAUGGUACAUUAUCACAAUAUGAAAACGGAACACAGUUCAAGGGGAUAGAAAUCAGUUCUGAUGUUGAUAUAUCUGUGACGGUUACUACCAGUCCUCACGAUUUACAGGAAGGAUUUCUGGCUUUACCAGUCAGCGCGAUCGGCACUCGUUACGUUGUUGCCUCGUACUAUUCAUCAGAUUACAGCGAGAUUGUAGUCACUGGUGUAGAAAGUGAUACUGACGUUUCUUUGAAAGCAUUGACUGAUAACCAUAAGAGCACGAACAUAUCUUUCCGAUUACAAAAGUUUGAAACGUAUCAAUAUAAAUCAGCCAAUGACGUAAGCGGCAGUGUAGUAACAUCUAACAAACCAGUAGCUGUCUUUUCUGGGUCCUCUGGUGCAAACAUUCCUGUCGGUAUCGGUGAUUGGCAAUAUCUAAUUGAGCAAAUGAUUCCGACAAAAUAUUGGACAACGAAUUUCAUAACUCCACCAAUAUACCCCAGAAGACACUAUGUUCUUAAAUUCUUUUCUGAUCAGGAUAGCACAGAAGUACAUUAUUACAACAGCACGAACCACUUUGCGGUAUUCAUGAAUAAGGGAUCCGUAGCUGAGUUCUUGUUCGGCACAGAUCCUGUUGUUGUUUUAGCAAACAAACCAAUCAGUGUAAUCGAGUAUGGCCAUGACGGUGAUAACAUGAUCGGUGAUCCAUUUAUGACGAGCGUUCAAGGAAUUACUCAAUUCCAAAAUUCGUAUAAAUUUGUUACCGAAAAGUAUUAUUAUAAUUCCGAUAUAGUAAAUACUAUAGCUAUUACUAUACUAAAGAACAGUACCGAUGGACUUCUACUGAAUGGACAUUCCAUGUCUUAUUGGAACGCUAAGAAUAUUUCUGUUUCUCCACCAUUGAAUGAAUACAUAACACUUUUUGUUAAUGUCUCUUACAACACUUACUACAAAUUACAUCACACCAGUGGAAUGGAGUUUGGCGCAGUUCUUUAUGGAGGCCUUCAUGUUAAUGCUGGAUACGGGUAUCCUCUUCAGCUGACAUUUAACGACAAAGGUAAUUUCAAGGCUAGAAUUAAUUAUUUGUUUUGCAAAUUAUUUUAG